AUGCUGAUCAAGCAAAUUCCAACUUCAUCUUUAUCCUCAGAUGCCGGUGCCAACAAAGGCGACCGGGAAACCUCAUCCAAAACAGAUAAAGAAAACCCUAGCCCUCCUACUCCUACCGCCACUCCACCUCCAGCAGUAGACGAAGAAGCCCUGCGGCGCCUCGAUAAAAUCCUCCGAAGUAUACCCUCCGAGCUGGACGAUGCAGCCGCCUACGUCGAACUUAAAGCUAAACUUGGGAUUUCCUGGUCUAAGAAUCCUGCUUCACCUUCUAAAACAAAAAUCCUUCCUAGUUCUCCUAAAUCACCUUCACCUUCUACCGUCCAACCUUCGCCAUCAUCUCGUCCUAAAACUGCAUCACCCCUUCCUAGCUCUCCUACAUCACCUUCACCUUCGUCCCCCAUCCAACCAAUGCAAACCAGCGAGGAUACCUCUGACAAAGAAGGUUGGGGGAGGAUUAUGGGCAGCCAUUUGCCAUUCCGUCACCAGGAAGCGGUGGCACCUCCACUUUGA